CUCCGAGAGGCUGAUCCCGAUUCAGAGAGGCGGAUCUCUCUGCGGUAUGCAGCUGCAUGCAGCGGUGCUGAAGAGUCGACCCAUGCUGAACAAUGGGAUGAUCUUGCCUUCAAAAUAAAAGCGGAAAUUGACUAUUUUGUAAAAGAAAAGAAUAAUUAAAAAAGCGAUCAAAUCUCUGCUACGAGCCGUAGUCACUCAUGACGUAAUAUGUCCGACGAACUAACACUGUGUAGUUUAAUUUCCCCACUUUGUGUCCAUUUGCUUUCAUGUGAUUUUAUUUUUUUAAAGGAAGUAGCGCUAUUUUCAUAUCGCGGUGGGCUUGACACAACUUCCCACUCCCACCCCCGUCAUUGCUUCCCUGUGGUAAAAAAAAAGUCUGAAAACCAACCUGGAGAUUGUCCACGUUUACAGCAUUCAGACGCCGCUGCCCAGCUCCACAUCUACAGCUUCGGCCCGCCUCUCACAGCGCGCAGUCCUCUUCCCGUCCUUGGAGAUGUAGUCGUGGACAGAUACUUCAUCCCCAAAGUCUGUGCCAGAGAGUCGAAAACUGGAGAUUAUGUUCGCUACCACUAUAACGCCACAUUUGUCGACGGGAAGACGUUUGAUUCGAGCCAUCAGAGAGGAGACGCUAAGGUGGGCCUGCUCGGGGAGGGUCGGCUCAUCGCGGGCAUUGAAAAAGGUCUGCAGGACAUGUGUGUGAAUGAGCGCAGGAAAAUCACCGUCCCGCCUCACCUGGCCUAUGGAAGCACCGGUGCAGGUGAUGUGAUUCCUCCGGACACCACCCUGGUGUUUGACAUCCACCUGUUGGAUGUGUGGAACAAAGCUGACCUGGUUGUCACCAAAAUCAUCACCACUCCCAAAGACUGCAAACGCUCUGUAAUGCGUACAGACUUUGUGCGCUACCAUUUCAACGGCACGCUGCUCGAUGGCACCGCCUUCGACUCCAGCUACGCCAGGAAACAGACCCACGACUCCUUAGUGGGUGAGGGGUGGCUGAUUAAGGGCAUGGAUGAGGGCCUGCUGGGAAUGUGUGUGGGUGAGAUCAGAAAUAUCGUCAUCCCACCCUUCAAAGCCUACGGAGAAAAAGGAUCUGGUACAGAGAUUCCCUCCCAGGCCACCCUGGUGUUUGAUGUCCUUUUGGUUGACAUUCAUAACCCAAAGGACAACAUCACCAUCGAGGACCAGGUGGUGCCAGAGUCGUGCACACGUAGGUCUGUAGUCGGGGAUUACAUCCGGUACCACUACAACGGUAGCUUCCUGAACGGCAUCACCUUUGACACCAGCUACCAGAGAAAUAGCACAUACAACACCUACAUUGGGAUGGGGUAUGUGAUUCCAGGCAUGGAUCAGGCCCUGCUGGGAGUCUGCAUCGGGGAGAGGAGGAAGGUCACCAUCCCUCCUCAUCUGGCUUAUGGAGCACAAGGAGCAGGUAAUGUCAUCCCCCCUUCUGCUGUGCUCGUGUUUGACAUUCACGUCAUCGACUUCCACAACCCCAGCGACGCAGUGGGCAUCCAGAUCACCCACAGGCCCGAGGUGUGUAACGAGACCACCGAGGUGAACGACCACGUCCGCUACCACUACAACUGCACCCUGGUGGACGGCACGCUGCUCUUCUCCUCACAUGACAAUGAGAACCUUCAGGAUGCAGUUCUGGGGUCGGACAAGGUGAUCGACGGGCUGGACGAGGGCUUGCGGGGCAUGUGCGCUGGAGAGAAGAGGGUGGUGACGGUCCCGCCUCACUUCGGCCACGGAGAAAGGGGAGCCACGGGUGUGCCAAGCAGUGCUGUCUUGAUCUUUGACGUUGAACUGGUGAGCUUUGAGAAAGGAGUGCCGCCCGGCUACUUGUUUGUGUGGCUCCAGGACAGUCCUGCAAACCUGUUCGAAACCAUGGACAUCAACAAGAACCAAGAGGUGCCACAGGAGGAGUUCGGGGAGUUCAUCAAGCUGCAGGUGGCAGAGGGCAAAGGUCGUACAAAGCCUGGACUGACCAUGGAGCAGGUUAUCACCGAUAUGUUCAACAACCAGGACCGAAACAAAGACGGAGUGAUCACGCCCGAUGAACUCAAACUGAAGGUGGAUGAGGACAAGGAAAGAGAAGAGGCGAGUCACGAUGAGUUGUGAUGAGAACAAAUGCUUUCACUCUUUCUCAGGGAUGAACCCCCAACACCAACACAAGAAACAAGCAACAAGAGACUUUAUCCAUACACCAUCAUGGUUUAAUACUUUCAGUACUACAAUGGACAGGAUUUUUGAAUUAGAAAAUAGUGCAAAUGGACUUUUUUGUGGAGAUUUGUGUUGUAUGUUUGUUUUUGAUUUUUGUAUUUCAGAAAACCAAACAAGCACCUUGAUUUGUCCCUGAAGUCACAUCGAUUAAAAUGUUCGUAAGGAAAAA